AUGAAUGUACUAGUUUACUCUGGUCCCGGUACCACGGCAGAUUCGGUCAAGCACUGUCUGGAGACUCUGCGGAAUCUUCUCUCUCCUUACUAUGCAGUCACUGCUGUUGAUUCCAGAACCCUGCUAAAAGAGCCUUGGGCACCAAAGACUUCUGUUGUGGUGUUUCCUGGAGGAGCUGAUCUGCCAAUGUGCAGGGAGAUGGCAGAGGGUGGAAUUUCAGAGAUCGUGAAGUUUGUGAGAAAAGGUGGGAGAUACAUAGGCUUUUGUGCGGGUGGUUAUUUUGGAUCUGGAAGGUGUGAGUUUGCUGUAGGGAACCCAGAACUAGAGGUGAGUGGGUCUAGAGACCUCAAGUUUUUUCCUGGAACUUGCCGAGGACCUGCCUUCGGCGGAUUUGAAUAUCACACUGAAUUGGGGACAAAAGCUGUUAAGUUGAAUAUUAACACCUCGAUUCUGCCGGACGUUCCUAACACAGUUCACAAUUACUACAAUGGAGGAGGUGUUUUUGUAAAUACUGAGCAGUACUCCAACGUGGAGGUCUUGGCUUCGUAUGAACAGCAAUUGGAUGUGGACCCUGGAUCUGGAAUACCUGCUGCUUGCAUAAUAACUAAAGUGGGUCAUGGGUUUGCAUUGCUGACUGGUACCCAUCCUGAGUUCACUCCCGCCUUUUUGAAGGCAACCAACAAGGAGCCAGAGUUUGCUUCUGUCAUCAAGACUUUGAGCGAUUCUGACAACGCGAGACUGAUGUUUUUGAAAUCCAGUCUCAGGAGGCUGGGACUGAGUGUGAACGAAGAGUUCACAGGAAGGCCUUCAUUAACACCGCUCUACCUUUCCUCUAUACGGACAGAAGAUUCGCUGAAACUACUCCAACACAUCAAAAACGAAAUUGGCGUGGACGAUGAGGGGAUCUUGAAGGGCUCAGCGAACUCUUUCAGGUUACAUGAACCUCCUGCCACUGCACUUGACCUCCAGCUGAAAGAAGGGUACGAAGACCCAGAUACUGCGGUGAUGGACUUGGUGGCUAUAGGAAACAAUUUCCCGGAUAGAAAGGCCACACCAUACUUCAACUUCACAACCUACUACCAUGAACUUGAAGCCAGCUGGAGAGCUGGAGGUGACACCACCGUGGGUGAUUUUGGAAACCCACUAGUUUACGGCGAGGUGUUGACCUCAACUUCCUUACUUCUGGACAAGAACACAAACAUACUCAAGACGCUUCCUAGUGGCUUUGCCAUACAUGGUACUACACAAGUCUCGGGAAGGGGCAGAGGUGGAAACAUCUGGAUCAACCCUCCAGGUGUUUUGGCAGUGUCUAUUCUCAUGAGGAUGGCAAUUGAACAGGCUAAAAGAUCCCCGCUCGUUUUCUAUCAAUACUUGGGGACAAUGGCUUAUGUGGAGGCUGUCAUAAACUAUGAUGGUGAAGGAAGUCACUCCAGCAUGCCAAUAAGAAUCAAAUGGCCAAACGACAUAUACAUACUGAAGCCAGAGUACGUUGCUUCUGGUCCACCUCCUGCGACUUCAUCAGAAGCUGCAUACGCAAAGAUUGGUGGUAUAUUAGUCAACACAAAUGUCUUUGACGGAGAAUAUUACAUCAUCGCUGGUUGUGGUCUGAAUGUCUCCAAUGCGGCACCUACCACUUCGCUCAACCUGGUACUGGAGACUGUUAAUGCCGUCCUGGAGAAAUCGGGCAGAGAAAGACUCUCCGCCUUCACGCAAGAAAAACUCAUGGCCAGAUUCUUGUGGUAUCUCGAAAAGAUGGUCACCCAGUUCAAACAAGAAGGCUUUGAGCCUUUUUUGAACUUGUACUAUAAGAGGUGGCUUCAUGGUGGUCAGAUAGUGUGGCUUCACAAUAAAGGAAAUGCCAGAGCAAGAGUCACUGGGAUCACUAAAGACUGGGGAAUGCUCAAAGCAGAGGAAGUGAACAUGGAAGGGAAACCAACAGGCGUUGUGUAUGAACUUCAACCAGAUGGGAACAGUUUUGAUAUGCUCAGUGGACUCAUCUCCACCAAGUCGUGA